CCCGCUCGUUCGCUGCCGCGGAAGUUACGGGAAAGGGUUUGAAGCCGGGUCACCUUUAAGGAGCUUGGGAGGAAGUGUUUGGCCUUGGUAACGGUGUCGCGAUGUGGUUCGAGAUUCUCCCCGGGAUCGCCGUCAUGGCCGUGUGCUUAUUCAUCCCGGGAAUGGCCACUGCACGCAUCCACAGGUUCACUAACGGGAGCAAGGAAAAAAGGGUUGCCCAUUAUUCAUAUCAGUGGAAGUUGAUGGAAAGAGAUAGGCGCAUCUCUGGAGUUAAUCGUUACUAUGUGUCAAAGAGUUCAGAUCCCAGAUUCUCUCUCGGCUCAUUUGUAAACCUGAACUUUAUCCCAUCCCUGGAGGCAUUUGUUUUCCCAUGGAUGUAUCCCAACUCACUGCGAGUGACGUGCUUCAAGUUGAGAAGACAAAGAACAAACCGUUUCUUUUCUGAAGGGCUGUGGAGACUCGGAACUUUGGGGGAAUCAGCACAUCAGGAGGCUCGCCGCCUUCAGCUGUGUGACCUCACGCAAGUCACUUCACUGCUCUGAGGCUCAGGUCUCCUCCUAUUUUCCAAGGGAAGAUAAUACGCACUCUGCACACGUCCCUGGGUAUCUGAGAUAGUCAGGACAUCAUGUAUGUGGAGUAGUUUGUAACUGGGCAGCCCUGUGCCUGUAGAGGGGAUCACUGCUGGUGCUGCAAGCACCCCUGGAACAGCUGUCCAGUCCACUCCCAGGUCGCCCAAAGGCACUUACCUGAACGUGGUAGGAGGACCCGCAGGCCCUCUGCGGAACCAAGUGUAGGUGGCGGCAGCAGUCUUGGGUCCUCUCUUAGAAUGAGUGGUCACACCUAGGGAUUCGCAGGACACCGCAACAAAGACAACAGACCACACUAACCUCCAUAAGGACACGCAUUGCUCUAAAGGUGUGUUCUGAGAGCAGAGAGGAAAAUGCAGUUUCUUGCCACCGUGAGGACCGAGUGCCCGGUUACCCCUCUCGGCAGACGCGGUCUGCUCUGUUCUAGGAGAAGGUGGUGACCGGAUGGGACUGAAGCUGGCCGUCCUCAACAGGGAGCCUUUGGAUGGGAGGAGGGUAGAGAGUUAAACACCACUUGGUUUUCAAGAUUUCAUAUCACCCUGAUACUUUUGUGACCUGAGAACUCAAAUGAUUCUACUACACUUUUGUGACACAUAAGACACACAGAACGGUUAUCGAGGUUUUUCUUUCCCAAGUAUGUCGAUGCAGAUUUUACGUAUCUAAAGACACUGGCGUUCAGCUUCUUGGUUUGGGUCCCCGUGUGCUUGUGUAAUGCUGCCUUCCUCCACCCCACCUCAUCCACACACCCCUGACCCAAUAUUUCAUCUCUGAGGUUUGCAUACUCGGGAAUAUUCUUUUGGGAUGUGCUCUUCCUUUGCUUCCCAGAUGAAGCUGGAGUAGAGCCUGAGCUAGACCCUGAGGGGUUCAGAAUGUUCUUAUGACCUUCACAUAUGGGGCACUGUUGAUAAAAGAUGAGGAAAUUUCUGUAAGGAAUAAAUCCAAUGCUAUGUUUGCAUAAUCUUUAAUUGUU